AGUGGUUUACACAGGCAGCAUAUGAAGGAUCUGUUUGUAGAGUUGUGUUUAACUGUGCCUGUGCGUCUCAGUUCUCUUUUGCCCUAUUUGCCCAUGUUGAUGGAUCCACUGGUCUCUGCACUUAAUGGCUCGCAAACCUUGAUUAAUCAG